UGUCGCCCGAAACUUGUUCGAGCAAAAAGGACUAUGGAACACCAUUAAAGGAGGUUUAACGUGAGAGACGUCUGGAGUUCUGCAUUCCGAAGAACAAUCAGAGUAAAGAGCAGAUCGCACUGUCCGCGAUCAUGGUUGCGCAGAGACCCAAAAGUACUUCAAGCGGCAAAAGUAGUAAAGGUGGUGAGAAGGCAAAAGGACCGGACCCUAGUCUGUCCCAUACUGAUGUGCUACCAGAUGUCCCUGAAGAUAUCUUCCCCAUGGUUCUCACUUCGGCAACGCAGGAACUGUUCGAGUGCCGUGCAGAUGAGGACGUCACGCAGAACAACCCCUACAAGCUGCUCAAAAAGGAUGACAUACUCCACGACAUGAAAGCCAGGGCUGCUGUGUCCGACUUCCACCCAGUCAAGCAGACUGUGCUAAACUACCCUGGGGAGGAGCUUCUACUGGUGUUUGACCGAGAUUUCAAAUAUGGGCAAAGCUUCUAUCUCGUUUUGACCGAGGAAGCCAAGCAAAGGAUCCUACAACCCCCUGUGUCUACUGAUGAAGAGGAGCCUGAGGAGGAAUCAGAGCAAUAUGUUUGCAGAACACCUGAGCCUCAGCAGCCCUGGGUAUCCCUGGGCAGUGAGCUGGAAAUUGAGGAAGAAUCUGUGAAGGACACAAGAGAGAGGCUGAAAUAUCUAGUUUCAAGGGUGCGGAAAAAGUUUGGAGCACCAGUAAAUUUCACUGACCGCAAUGCCUUGGAGUCGAAGGAAGGGUACAUCGAAUGCACCUCGUACCAAGACAGAAACUUCAGACUCAUCCAGAUGGAGAGGAACAGUGCGACUCAAGCUGUUCUCAACCUGAAGAGUUCUGCCACGCAGACACAACGAACAUUCCCAAGAAAUAUGUACACACAAUACAAACCCAGAGAAUUGACAGAAGAAGAAAAGGAGAAUUACAUGAGUUCUGAAAACCUUAAAAACUUUGCCAGCUCAGCUUUUUCAAGAUUUGAGAUUGCUAUUCAGCAGAACAAGAUCAUGGACGUGUUCUUCGAUGACUGGCAAGCGCUUAGCGAGGGAGACAUUGCCUUUGGCGGGAAAGCUGACACUUACCUGAAAGAAUACCAGUCUUUCACAGAUCUGCAGUUCAGCAAAGACAAGUCAAUCAGCUGCAUCAAGUGGCACCCUACUAUUAGUGGCGUAAUCGCAGUCUCUGUAACGGAGAAGAUGUCUUUUGAAGAAAGGAUCAAUGGCUCCACUAAGCUGCUUCUAAACCCUCCUCUCAUUCUCUUCUGGAGCUUCUCUGAUCCUAUUAACCCCCAGUUAAGGCUGGAGUGCCCAGAUGAUGUCUUGUCCUUUGAUUUUUGUCCAUCUGAUCCCAACAUAAUUAUUGGUGGCUGCAUGAAUGGGCAGAUUGUUUUAUGGGAUGUCACUGCUCAUGCACAAAGGUUGCACGGUAAACGCUCCGGAGAGAGAAGGACCACCUCAGCAUACCCAGGCUCUUUGUGAAUGGCCUUUGAAGAAGACAAAGAAAAUGAAAUUCCUGUUUUGUUGUACUGUGCUGUCUCGAGCAUAGAGAAUGGACACAAAGCACCAGUUACUGAUGUUCAGUGGCUGCCUGAAAACUUUGAGAUUUCCAUAACAGGAGUUCCAGUAGAAAACCAGAAUCAAAUUUGCGUCCAGGUUGUCACCUGUGCCCCUGACUGCUGCGUGAUGUUUUGGGAUAUUCGAGCACCUCGACCUGCUGCUCAUUCCCAGGCAGAAAGGAAACAGAAAAUGGAGGAGAAACAGCUGGAGAAUCCUCGUGGUAUACCUAACACAUUCAAAUACUUGGACCUGUCUUGGAAACCUCUCAUCAAGGUGAUGCUUCCAAAGACAGAUGCCAGUGGUGAAUACAGUCCGCUCAAAUUUAGCCUAAGAGACAACAUCCAUUGUAGUCGUCCAAGAAGUGGCAAAGAUAAAUCAGUGAAAAGCACAGAUAGGCCUGAGGGGAAAGUUGAAUAUGCAUUGCUAAGAGUUCCCUCCGAAAAGCAGCUUAAGCCACUAGAGGAUAUCAGCACCAUGUUCUGUGUGGGAACAGAAGAUGGAGAACUCGUAUACAAUUGGAAGUUGGGGAAGGAUGAUGACUCUGGAAGGCUGCUCAGUGGGAAACCCUCUCGUUGUUUCAUUGUACACGACAGCUUGGUCAACACUGUCAAGAGGUCACCCUUUUUCAAAGACAUCAUCCUAACUGUGGGAGGCUGGAACUUCGCUGUCUGGAAAGAGAGCGUCAUGAACGGUCCAAUCAUCCUUUCCCCCUGCUCUCAAAAGAGAUGCAUGGUAGGCUGCUGGUCUCUGUCAAACCCGGGGAUGUUCUUCAUUGGGAAGGAGGAUGGGAAUAUUGAAGUGUGGGACUUGCUGGAGAAAACCCAUGAGCCGUCUCAUAUACAAAACAUCUCCACAGCCUCAAUCACUUGCAUGAAGCCCUGGAUUAUCUCUUCAAAGCAGCACUUUUUGGCAGUGUCUGAUGAUUUUGGAACUCUGCAUAUCCUACAGAUACCAUGGACUCUCCGUAAUCCAUCAAGCAGUGAGUCCAGUGUUAACAAGUAUUUUGAGAAGGAAGUGACGAGGCUGAUGUUCUUCGACAAACGGAAGGAGACGAUGGCAAAACAGAAGACAGCUACGGAGGCUGAGGAGCAAAAGAAAAAAACAGAAUUAUUAGUGCCAGAAAAGCUGUCUGAAAAGACUGAGGAAGAAAGUCUGGCAGAGUAUGAGAGUUAUCUGACCUUGGAGAAAGAUAUUCUGAAGGAAAUGGGUGUCUCACUACAAGAAGAAGAUAAGCCUUCAAAUGAAGUGUAGUUAAAUAAUUGUAUGUUAUUUAUUGCCACAC